AGAGCCUAUAGUAGCGAUCCUGGGGAAAAUUUAAGCAGCUGUCGCCAUGUAAUUUAAAACCUCCAAAAAGUGUGCUGCAGUCCGUUCACAGCGUUAGUAUAACAUGAGCGUUGGAUAUAGCCUGUUCUCAUUCUCCGGAGGACUUCUUCGCCUGCUGCAGGAAAAAGAAGGCUGAAAGACAAACCUGGGUGCAGCCGGAAAGGUCCAGAUAGAUGAGCUUGUGGCAUCCAUUCCCCACAUUCAGGGACUCCACCGUACCUCAGCUGGGUCUCAUUGUUCCUGAACUGCAUUAGUUAAGGUUACCCAUACUUGGAUUUCAAAGGAAUACUUUCAUUGUUCCAUCUGUCACACCAAGUAAUUGGGGCCAGCUGGAUGUCAGGAUGCGCGUGGUUACCAUCUUAAUCCUGCUCUUCUUUUGUAAAGCCGCUGAAGGCAAAGGAAGCCCUGGGGGUGCGAGAAACCGAGUGAAUCCCAGCCGGGCUGGCGGGAGCCGGAAAGGCUCCAGCCUGGUCAGACGCUACGCUCCAGGUCUCCCCUGUGAAGUGUAUACAUAUCUUCACGAGAAAUACUUAGAUUGUCAAGAGAGAAAACUAGUUUACGUGCUGCCCGGCUGGCCUCAGGAUUUACUGCACAUGCUAUUAGCAAGAAACAAAAUCCGCAUACUGAAGAACAACAUGUUUUCCAAGUUUAAAAAGCUGAAAAGCUUGGAUCUGCAACAGAAUGAGAUCUCCAAAAUUGAGAGUGAAGCUUUCUUUGGUUUAAAUAAACUUACCACUCUCUUACUGCAGCACAACCAGAUCAAAGUCUUGACAGAGGAAGUGUUCAUUUACACUCCUCUCCUGAGCUACCUGCGUCUUUAUGACAAUCCCUGGCAUUGUACUUGUGAGAUGGAAACGCUUAUUUCAAUGUUGCAGAUUCCAAGGAACCGGAAUUUGGGGAACUACGCCAAGUGUGAAAGCCCACAAGGACUAAAAAAUAAAAAACUGAGGCAGAUAAAAUCUGAACAGUUAUGUAAUGAAAAAGAAAAGGAACAUUUGGAUCCCAAACCCCAAUUGUCAGGGAAGCCCCCAGUCAUCAAGCCCGAGGUGGACUCUUCUCUUUGCCACAACUACGUGUUUCCCAUACAAACACUGGACUGCAAAAGAAAAGAGUUGAAGAAAGUUCCAAACAACAUCCCUCCAGACAUUGUUAAACUUGACUUGUCACACAACAAAAUCAACCAACUUCGACCCAAGGAGUUUGAAGAUGCUCAUGAGCUAAAGAAAUUAAACCUCAGCAGCAAUGGCAUUCAAUUCAUAGAUCCUGCUGCUUUUUUAGGACUCACACAUUUAGAAGAGUUAGAUUUAUCAAACAACAGUCUGCAAAACUUUGACUAUGGAGUAUUAGAAGACUUGUAUUUUUUGAAACUCUUGUGGCUCAGAGAUAACCCUUGGAGAUGUGACUACAACAUCCACUACCUCUACUACUGGUUAAUGCAUCACUACAACGUGCACUAUAAUGGCCUGGAGUGCAAAAUGCCCAAAGAAUACAAAGGGUGGUUUGUGGGAAAAUAUGUUCGGAGUUACUAUGAAGAAUGCCCCAAAGACAAAUUACCAGCAUACCCUGAAACAUUUGACCAGGAUACAGAAGAUGAUGAAUGGGAAAAAAUACUUAAGGAUCACACAGCAAAGAAACAAAGUGUAAGAAUCACUAUUGUGGGAUAACUUAGAAAUUGUUCUGGUUGCAGCUAAUUUUGUAUUUGCUUAACUGGUGUUGGAAAACCGCAUGUUUACAUUUUGAUUAACUGUUUUACCUAUUUAUGCAGGGUUACCCAGCUAAAGGAAGGUUCCCUUAAUUAUUAUUAUUGUUGUGACAGUAUAGUAAUCAAGGGAAUACUCUCAUCCUGCUUGCCUGCCUGUUUGCAGAACAGCUUUUGAUGAUGAUUCCACACUGGUAACCUGCAGGAGUUGGGUCCUAAUGAUGGCGUUAGAAGGUCAUAAUGUUCUGUAUAAAUGUUUUUACUGCUUUUUGAAAAUUAAAAGAAACCUGGUUCAUUUUUACAUGCUUUUCAAGAGCUGCUUGUACAUGCCUAAAGAUGAUCAAAAUGAAGAGAUACAAAUGCUUAGUAAUAAUAAAAUUUAAUUCUCUCCCCUCUGCCCCCCAACUUUUUUUUUUCAGUAAGUCAGCUUAUGCAUUGAGUAAAUUUCCAUUUCUGAUUCCUGUGCACUCCAAAAUGAGGUCCUGGUAAACCCAGAUUCUCAACUACUUUUCACUGAUCCUUGCAAAAAACUGUCAAGCUAGACCUGAAGGAGAAUUGCCACAGGCAAUAAGCCAAGAAUCUGAGAAUUAUAUUAGAGACCGUUCAGAAGAUGGGACUCUCAGAAGCAGUUGUAGAUGAUGUGAACAUGAGAGCUCUGAACAGGUAUAAACACUAGUAAAUGUGGAAACAGCACUGGUUCUUUUAACAGAGUUCAGACUAGGAAGCCACCUGUCAGUGAGAAAGAUCUGAGAGCCCUUCCUGCUAAGCUAAUAUGUCAAGGAACAUAAAACAGGAUGAAAUUAGGAUUCAGGGUCAGGAUUUGGGAUGAAAAAGAAGCAAACAAAAAGGGAAGUGAUAUCAGAAGCAACUGAGGGCAGAGGUGGUACCCAAGAGAAGCCCCAUGAUUUGUGUUGCAGGUUAAAAUUAGCUCACCUCGAGAAACAAUCACCAGAAAGAGAGGAAGUGUCUGGAGACUGACCCCAUCAGUUUGUAUUUUGAUAGUAGUGUACUAUUAGAGAAAUAAAAUGAAAAGAAAUAUGU